AUGCCUCCACUUCUUCUCUUUUAGAUUCUGGAUGUGCUCUGCUCGCUGUGUGUGUGUAACGGCGUGGCGGUGCGAACCAAUCAGAACCUCAUCUGCGAUCACUUGCUGCCCAAGAGAGAUCUGCUGUUGCAGACGCAGCUGGUGAACGAUGUCCAGAGUAUGCGACCGAACAUCUUCCUGGGGGUGAGCGAGGGCUCGGCUCAGUAUAAGAAGUGGUACUACGAGCUGAUGAUCGACCAGGUGGACCACUUUGUGACCAGCGAGCCCUCCCACCUGAGGGUGGGCUGGGCCAACACCAAAGGAUACGCACCCUACCCCGGAGGAGGAGAGGGCUGGGGGGGCAACGGAGUCGGGGACGAUCUCUACUCGUACGGCUUCGACGGACUCCACCUCUGGUCAGGUCGUAUCCCACGGGCGGUUGCAUCCAUGAACCAGCACAUCCUGACCUCAGAGGAUGUGGUGAGCUGCUGUCUGGACCUGGGAGCGCCCAGCAUCUCUUUCAGGAUCAACGGACAGCCCGUCCAGGGCAUGUUCGAAAAUUUCAACACAGACGGGCUUUUCUUCCCCGUCGUCAGCUUCUCCGCGGGGGUCAAGGGGCGAUUCCUGUUGGGUGGUCGACAUGGCGACUUCAAGUUCCUGCCUCCGUCGAGUUACGCUCCGUGUUACGAGGCCCUGCUGCCCAAAGAGAAGAUGAAGGUGGAGCCGGUGAAGGAGUACAAGAGAGACGCAGACGGGGUCCGGGAUCUGCUGGGCACCACCCAGUUCAUGUCGCAGGCCUCCUUCAUCCCCGCGCCUGUGGAAACCAGCCAGAUUGUCAUGCCGCCUCAUUUGGAGAAGGUUCGGGACAAGCUGGCUGAGAACAUCCACGAACUGUGGGGCAUGAAUAAGAUUGAGCUGGGCUGGUCGUACGGCAAGAUAAGGGAUGAUAAUAAGCGGCAGCAUCCAUGCCUGGUGGAUUUCUCCAAGCUGCCAGAAACGGAAAAAAACUACAAUCUGCAGAUGUCAACAGAAACUCUGAAGACCCUGCUGGCGUUAGGCUGUCGUGUAGUUCAGGUGAAUCCAAAUGCGGAGGACUCCCUCAAAAAGAUAAAACUCCCGAAGAACUACAUGAUGUCCAAUGGUUAUAAGCCGUCCCCUCUGGACCUGUCCGACAUAAAACUGACUCCAGGUCAGGAGCUGCUGGUGGACAAACUGGCAGAGAAUGCACACAACGUGUGGGCCAAAGACCGCAUCAAACAGGGCUGGACGUACGGCAUCCAGCAGGAUCUGAAGAGCAAGCGUAACCCUCGCCUGGUUCCUUAUGCUCUGCUGGAUGAGCGAACCAAGAAGUCGAACAGGGACAGCUUGCGGGAAGCGAUCCGCACUCUGAUCGGCUACGGAUACAACAUCGAGCCGUCAGACCAGGAAGGCGGACAAGUGGUCGAGCGGCUCAGCAUUGAUAAGAUCCGCUUCUUCAGAGUGGAGAGGACGUACGCGGUGAAGACGGGGAAGUGGUACUUUGAGUUUGAAGCGGUUACAGGAGGAGACAUGAGGGUGGGCUGGGCCAGACCUGGAUGUAAGCCAGAUGUGGAGCUUGGCACAGACGAGCUCGCUUUCGUCUUUGAUGGAUACAGGGGCCACUGUCUGAACAUGGGCAGCCGGUUGUUCGGGCGCUGCUGGCAUGCUGGGGACGUGGUGGGCUGCAUGAUCAACAUGGAGGACAAGUCCAUGAUCUUCACGCUUAACGGCGAGAUCCUGAUCACCACCAAGGGCUCGGAACUCUGCUUCACCGACUUUGAAACCGAAGACGGGUUUAUUCCCGUGUGUAGUCUCGGUCUGGCUCAGGUGGGUCGAAUGAAUUUGGGGAAGGAUGCUAGCACCUUCAAGUACUACACCAUGUGUGGCCUGCAGGAAGGAUUUGAACCCUACGCUGUCAACAUGAACCGAGAGGUCACGAUGUGGUUCAGCAAGCGUCUGCCUACUUUUGUAAACGUGCCGAAGGACCACAACCACAUCGCGGUGACCAGGAUUGACGGCACCAUCGACAGUCCUCCGUGUCUUAAAGUCACCCACAAGACGUUUGGCACCCAGAACAGUAAUGCUGACAUGGUGUUUUGUCGUCUCAGCAUGCCUGUAGAGUUCCACUCCUUCUUCAAGUCCAGUCCUGUGGUGGACAUGAACGGAGUGCACGAGGAAGAUAUCCUUAAAGUUAAACACAGAUAUCCAUUGAGAUCUGUGAGGCACAGUGAUGAAAGUAGACGAGUGGACUACAGCAGCAUUACCAUGUACUACCACACAGUCAGGGUGUUCGCGGGCCAGGACCCCGCCUGUGUGUGGGUCGGAUGGGUUACCCCCGACUACCAUUACUAUAGCAACAACUUCAACCUCAGCAAGAACCGGACGGUGACUGUAACCCUGGGUGAUGAACGUGGACGAGUUCAUGAGAGUGUGAAGAGGAGCAACUGCUACAUGGUGUGGGGUGGUGAUGUGACCAGUGCCGCUCACACCUCCAGUCGCAGCAACGUGGACCUGGAGAUCGGCUGUCUGAUAGACCUGGCCACCGGCCUGGUGACAUUCACUGUCAACGGCAAGGAUAUAUCCACGUCCUACCAGGUGGAGCCAAACACCAAGCUCUUCCCUGCUGUGUUUGUGCGUCCCACCAGCCCUAACCUCUUCCAGUUUGAACUCGCUAAAAUAAAGAAUGCUAUGCCGCUGUCAUCAGCCAUCUUCAAGAGCGAACAUAAGAACCCGGUGCCCCAGUGUCCACCUCGGCUGGACAUCCAGACCAUUAACGCGGUGCUGUGGAGCCGGAUGCCCAACACCUUUCUCAAAGUGGAGACAGCCAGGGUGAACGAGAGGCACGGCUGGGUGGUUCAGUGUGUGGAGCCUCUGCAGAUGUUGGCGGUGCACAUACCGGAGGAGAACAGGUGUGUCGACAUCAUGGAGCUGUCAGAGCAGGAGGACAUGAGGAUGUUCCACUACCACACCUUGAAGCUCUACUGUGCCCUCUGCGCUCUGGGAAACACCCGCGUGGCUCACGCUCUGUGCAGCCACCUGGACCAGUCGCAGCUCCUGUACACCAUCGACAAUCAGUACCUGUCUGGCAUGUUGCGUGAGGGCUUUUACAAUGUUCUGAUCAGCAUCCACCUGGAGACCGCCAAAGAGGCACGGCUCAUGAUGAAGGACGAGUUCAUCAUUCCGGUCACAGCGGAGACGCGCUCCAUACGUCUCUUUUCAGACGCUUCCAAAAAGCACCUCCCACCAGGCGUGGGGCUCAGCACCUCCCUGAAACCCCGCCUCAACUUCGUACCGCCCUGUUUUAUCAACACCAAACGGGAGCAUCUGUACAGUCCCCAAAUCCCGCUGGAUGCACUGAAGGAGAAAGCAAUAUCAAUGUUGACAGAGGCUGUUCAAGGGGGCGGCCACCACAUACGAGACCCUGUAGGAGGCGGUGUGGAGUACCAGUUUGUACCAAUCUUGAAGCUCAUCAGCACCUUGCUGACUAUGGGAGUUCUAGGUAGUGAGGACGUUCAUAAGAUUUUACUGCUCAUUGAUCCGAACGUGUUCAGAGAGACGCGUGAGGAGGGGGCCACGGGGGCCACCGACAAAGAGGGACUGACGGGGACGGAGGAGAAGGCAGUGGAAGCUGGUGAAGAAGAGGCAGCCAAGGAGGCCAAGCAGCCGAUGAAGGGAUUGCUGGAGAAGAGGCUGCCGGAGCCCGUCAAACGACAGAUGUGCGAGCUGCUUCACUAUUUCUGCGACUGCGAGCUGAAGCACCGUAUCGAGGCCAUCGUGUCCUUUUCUGACAACUUCGUCUCUAAGCUGCAGUACAACCAGAAGUUUCGCUACAACGAGCUGAUGCUGGCGCUGAAUAUGUCUGCCGCUGUGACGGCGAAGAAGACCAAAGAGUUCAGAUCACCACCUCAAGAACAGAUCAACAUGCUGCUGACCUUCAGUAUGGGCGAGGACUGUCCGUGUCCCACAGACAUCCAGGAGGAGCUCUACGACUUCCACAACCAGCUGCAGCUCCACUGUGGAAUCCCCAUGGAGGAAGACGAAGACGAGCAAGACACGUCCAUCAAGGGUCGCCUCCUGAUGCUGGUGAACAAGAUCAAAGGGCAGUCUCACAAAGCAGAAGAGCCCACAGAGAAGGAGCAAGCUGCACCAUCCAAUCUGAAGGAGCUCAUCUCUCAGACCAUGGUCAGCUGGGCCCAGGAGUGUCACAUCCAGGACCCAGAGCUGGUCCGUAAGAUGUUCAGCCUGCUGAGGCGGCAGUACGACAGCAUUGGGGAGCUGCUCCGAGCCAUGAGGAAGACGUACACCAUCAGCGCUGCCUCGGUGCAGGACACCAUCAACCUCCUGGCCUCCCUCGGUCAGAUCCGAUCUCUUCUGUCUGUCCGGAUGGGAAAGGAGGAGGAGAAGCUCAUGAUUGACGGACUGGGUGACAUCAUGAACAACAAGGUCUUCUACCAGCACCCGAACCUCAUGAGAAUACUGGGCAUGCAUGAGACUGUCAUGGAAGUCAUGGUCAAUGUGCUCGGAGGAGACAAGUCCCAGGAAAUUGCUUUCCCAAAGAUGGUGGCCAGCUGUUGUCGCUUCCUGUGCUACUUCUGCCGGAUUAGCCGUCAGAACCAGAAGGCCAUGUUCGACCACCUCAGCUACCUGCUUGAGAAUAGUAGCGUGGGCCUAGCCUCACCAGCUAUGAGGGGCUCCACUCCUCUAGAUGUGGCUGCUUCCUCAGUGAUGGACAACAAUGGCUUGGCUCUCGCGCUGGAAGAACCGGAUCUAGAUAAGGUGGUCACCUACCUGGCUGGUUGUGGUCUUCAGAGUUGCCCAAUGCUUCUGGCUAAAGGUUAUCCAGACAUCGGCUGGAACCCCAUCGAGGGAGAGCGUUACCUGUCUUUCUUGCGAUUUGCUGUCUUUGUCAACGGAGAGAGUGUGGAGGAGAACUCCAGCGUCGUGGUCAAGCUGCUCAUCCGUCGUCCGGAGUGUUUCGGACCUGCUCUGAGAGGAGAGGGAGGCAACGGUCUCCUGGCUGCCAUGAAGGAGGCCAUUAAGAUCUCUGAGACGCCUGCUUUGGACCUGCCGGGCUCCGUCCAGGGAGUCAGCUCUGAUGUAUCUGCUGACGGCGACGACGAGGAGGAGGUGGUCCACAUGGGCAAUGCCAUCAUGUCCUUCUACUCUGCGCUCAUUGACCUGCUGGGACGCUGUGCCCCUGAGAUGCAUCUCAUCAACAAGGGCAAAGGUGAAGCUUUGCGUAUUCGUGCCAUUCUGCGCUCUCUGGUGCCGACUGAGGACCUUGUGGGGAUCAUCAGCAUACCACUCAAAAUGCCCAUCAUCAACAAAGACGGCUCGGUGACGGAGCCGGACAUGUCAGCCAGCUUCUGUCCGGACCACAAGGCCCCCAUGGUGCUGUUCUUAGACAGAGUGUAUGGCAUCGAAGACCAAAGCUUUCUUCUUCACCUGCUCGAAGUGGGCUUCCUGCCUGACCUGAGGGCCGCUACCUCUCUGGAUACGGAAGGUCUGUGCACCACGGAGACAGCCCUGGCCAUGAACCGCUACAUCGGCUCGGCCAUGCUGCCCCUCCUCACCCGCUGCGCCCCUCUCUUUGCCGGCACCGAACACUACGCCACCCUCAUCGACUCCACCCUGCACACCAUCUACCGCCUUUCCAAGGGACGUUCACUCACCAAGGCGCAGAGAGAUGCAAUAGAGGAGUGCUUGCUGUCUGUUUGCAAGCACCUCCGUCCCUCCAUGCUGCAGCAGCUCCUGCGCCGCCUCGUCUUUGAUGUGCCCUUGCUGACUGAUUACUGCAAGAUGCCUCUAAGGCUGCUAACAAACCACUACGAGCAGAACUGGAAGUUCUACUGCCUCCCGUCGGGCUGGGGCAGCUUCGGCACAGCAUCCGAGGAUGAACUUCUGCUCACCAAGAAGAUCUUCUGGGGGGUGUUUGACUCUCUGUCCCAGAGGAAGUAUGACCCGGAGCUAUUCAAGAUGGCCAUGCCUUGCCUCAGUGCCAUAGCUGGAGCUUUGCCACCAGACUACGUGGAUGCCUCCAUUAGCACCACUGUGGAAAAGCCUGUGUCUGUGGACGCUCAGGGCAACUUUGACCCCAAACCCAUCAAUACUGCAAACAUUGCUCUUCCAGAGAAGCUUGAACAUUUUGCCAACAAAUAUGCCGAGCACUCCCAUGAGAAAUGGUCUGCAGAGAAGGUCCUGCUGGGGUGGAAAUAUGGAGACUGUGUGGACGAGAAGGCGAAGACUCACCCUCAGCUCAGGACGUAUAAAGCCCUCACAGAGAAGGAGAAGGAGAUCUACAGAUGGCCAAUAAGAGAGUCCCUGAAGAGUAUGCUGGCAAUGGGCUGGAGCAUCGACAGGACCAAGGAUGGAGAGAGCAUGUCUCAACAGAGGGAGAAUGAGAAAAUGAGAAAGAUAUCUCAGGUUUCACAGGCCAACGGUUUUAAUCCGAGCCCGAUAGACACGAGCAACGUGGUUCUAUCCAGGGAGCUGCAGGGGAUGGUGGAGGUGGUGGCUGAAAAUUACCAUAACAUCUGGGCCAAGAAGAAAAAAAGUGACCUUGGAAGCAGAGGUGGGGGAACACACCCUCUUCUGGUGCCCUACGACACGCUGACAGCUAAGGAGAAAGCCCGUGAUCGAGAGAAGGCUCAGGACCUUUUUCGCUUCCUGCAAAUUAAUGGCUAUAGCAUCACAAGAGGUCUGAAGGACCUGGAGCAGGAUUCCUCCUCUAUGGAGAAAAGGUUUGCCUAUAGGUUCCUCAAGAAGCUGCUCAAGUACGUGGACUCGGCCCAGGAGUUCAUCGCACACCUCGAGGCCAUGGCUGCCAGUGGAAAAACAGACAGAUCACCUCAUGAGCAAGAAAUCAAGUUUUUUGCCAAAGUUCUUCUCCCCCUCAUCGACCAGUACUUCAAGAACCAUUCGCUCUACUUCCUCUCCUCCCCCAACAAGAACCUGAGCAGCAGUGGUUACGCCUCCAACAAGGAGAAGGAGAUGGUCACCAGCCUGUUUUGUAAACUGGCAGCUCUUGUCAGACAUAGAAUUUCUCUCUUUGGAAGCGACUCCACCACCAUGGUCAGCUGUCUGCACAUCCUGGCUCACACUCUGGACACAAGGACGGUGAUGAAGUCGGGCUCGGAGAUGGUGAGGGUGGGGCUGAGGACGUUCUUUGAGAACGCCGCGGAGGACCUGGAGAAAACUUUCGAGAACCUGAAGCUGGGGAAGUUCACUCACUCCCGCUCGCAGAUGAAAGGGGUGUCUCAGAAUAUCAACUACACCACCGUCGCUCUGCUCCCCAUCCUAACUGCCCUGUUUGAACACAUCACUCAGCACCACUUUGGAGUCGAUCUGCUUUUGGAUGACGUCCAAGUGUCCUGCUAUCGCAUCCUGACCAGCCUCUAUGCACUGGGCACUGGGAAAAACAUCUAUGUAGAGAGGCAGUUGCCAGCUCUCGGUCAGUGUCUGGCGACUCUGGCUGGGGCGAUGCCUGUCGCCUUCCUGGAGCCGCUGCUCAACACGUACAACCCGUGCUCCGUCUUUAAUACCAAGAGUGCCAGAGAACGAGCCAUUCUAGGAAUACCCGACUCAGUGGAGGAGGUGUGUCCCGGGAUGCCGCGGCUGGACGGCCUGAUGAAGGACAUCAACGACAUGGCUGAGUCCGGAGCGCGCUACACAGAAAUGCCCCAUGUGAUCGAGGUGGUGCUGCCCAUGCUGUGCAACUAUCUGUCCUACUGGUGGGAGAGGGGUCCUGAAAACCAGCCAGCCAGCGGAGGAAGCAUCUGCUGCACCACCGUCACCUCAGAGCACCUCAGCCUCAUCCUUGGCAACAUCCUCAAGAUACUCAACAACAACCUGGGCAUCGACGAGGCCUCUUGGAUGAAGAGAAUUGCAGUUUACGUCCAACCCAUCAUCAGCAAGGCCCGUGCAGACCUGCUGAAGAGCCACUUCCUCCCCACGCUAGAGAAACUGAAGAAGAAGACGGUGAAAGUGGUGGCCGAGGAGGAGCUUCUCAAGGCGGACAGCAAAGGAGACACCCAGGAGGCCGAGCUGCUCAUCCUGGAUGAGUUUGCCGUUCUCUGCAGGGACCUGUACGCCUUUUACCCCAUGCUCAUCCGUUACGUGGACAACAACAGGUCCAGGUGGCUGAAAGAACCAGAUUCUGACUCCAAUGAGCUUUUUAAAAUGGUUGCAGAGAUAUUUAUCCUGUGGUGCAAGUCACAUAAUUUCAAACGAGAAGAGCAGAACUUUGUGGUCCAGAAUGAAAUCAACAACCUCUCCUUCCUGACCGGAGAUAAUAAAACAAAGAUGUCUAAGUCCUUUAAGGAGAAGUCUGGAGGACAAGACCAAGAGAGGAAACACAAGAAGAGACGCGGCGAAUUCUACUCCAUCCAGACCUCCCUGAUUGUCGCCGCUCUCAAGAAGAUGCUGCCAAUCGGUCUCAACAUGUGCACCCCAGGAGAUCAGGAGCUCAUCUCUCUAGCCAAGACCCGCUACCUCCUGAAAGAUACCGACGAUGAGGUUAAAGACCACAUCCGUCAGAAUCUGCACCUUCGAGAAAAGUCGGAGGACCCCGCUGUGAGGUGGCAGCUGAACCUGUACAAGGACAUAGUGAUGAGGACUGAGGGGCCUCCGGACCCUGAAAGAGUGGUGGAUCGUAUCCAACGCAUCUCCGCUGCCGUCUUCAACCUGGAGCAGGUGGAGCAACCGCUGAGAUCCAAAAAGUGCGUAUGGCAGAAGCUGCUGUCCAAGCAGAGGAAGCGAGCAGUUGUCGCCUGCUUCCGAAUGGCUCCGCUUUAUAAUCUGCCGAGGCAUCGCUCUAUUAACCUCUUCCUCCUGGCCUAUCAGAGAAUAUGGAUAGAAACAGAGGAGUACUCCUUUGAGGAGAAGCUAGUGCAGGACCUUGCAAAAACGCAGCCCAAAGUGGAGGAAGAGGAGGAGGAGGAGGUCAGAAAGCAGCCAGACCCUCUUCACCAGCUCAUUCUGCAUUUCAGCCACAAUGCUCUGACUGAAUGCAGUUCCUUGGAGGAGGAUCCCUUAUAUAUUGCAUAUGCGGAUAUGAUGGCAAAGAGUUGUGCCGAGGGCGAAGAAGAGGAGGAGGAGGAAGAAAAAGAGAAAACAUUUGAGGAAAAGGAAAUGGAGAAACAAAAGAUGUUGUAUCAGCAAGCGAGGCUGCACGACCGAGGGGCCGCGGAGAUGGUGCUGCAGAUGAUCAGCGCCAGCAAAGGUCGACUCGGUGCUAUCGUGACUUUCACCCUCAAGCUGGGCAUCUCCAUUCUCAACGGUGGAAACAUUCUGGUUCAGCAGAAAAUGCUGGAUUAUCUGAAGGAAAAAAGAGAUGUCGGCUUUUUUAAAAGUUUGUCUGGACUCAUGAUGUCAUGCAGUGUCCUGGACUUGAAUGCUUUUGAAAGGCAAAACAAAGCUGAAGGUCUGGGGAUGGUUACUGAAGAGGGAUCAAUCAACGUGAGUGAGCGGGGUUCCAAAGUACUGCAGAAUGAUGAGUUCACAAAGGAUCUCUUUAGGUUUCUGCAGCUUCUCUGUGAGGGCCACAACAACGAUUUUCAGAAUUUCCUGAGGACUCAGACAGGAAACACAACCACAGUCAACAUCAUCAUUAGCACUGUAGACUACCUGCUGAGACUCCAGGAAUCCAUCAGUGAUUUCUAUUGGUACUACUCUGGUAAGGAUGUCAUCGAUGAGGCCGGUCAGAGGAACUUCUCCAAAGCGCUAGCGGUGGCCAAACAGGUCUUCAACUCUUUAACAGAGUAUAUACAGGAGCCUUGAUCUCCAAAUGCAACUCAGCGAUAUUAAAGACAGCGGCUGUGGCCUUACAACGAGGCUGUGUGAUGUAGUGGUGUGACUCACAAGGUUUCCCUUUUGUCCCUUCUCCUACAGGACUCUAGUCAGAUUGAGUUAUUGAAGGAGCUGUUGGACCUGCAGAAGGACAUGAUUGUCAUGAUGCUCUCUCUUCUAGAAGGUAAUGUUGUCAACGGAACUAUUGGCAAACAAAUGGUGGACACUUUGGUGGAAUCCUCCAGUAAUGUGGAGAUGAUCCUCAAGUUCUUCGACAUGUUCCUCAAGUUGAAGGACUUGACCACUUCAGACAGCUUCAAGGAGUACGACGCCGAGAGCAAAGGGGUGAUCUCCAAGAAGGAUUUCCAGAAGUCCAUGGAGAACCAGAAACAGUACUCUCAGUCCGAGAUCGAGUUUCUUCUCUCCUGCGCUGAAGCUGAUGAGAACGACCUGUUCAGCUACGAGCAGUUUGUGGAGAGAUUUCACGAACCGGCAAAGGACAUCGGCUUCAAUGUGGCUGUGCUGCUCACCAACCUCUCGGAGCACAUGCCUCACGAUGCUCGACUCUCCACGUUCCUGGACCUGGCCGAGAGCGUCCUCAGCUACUUUGAGCCUUUUCUGGGUCGUAUUGAGAUCAUGGGUGGAGCGAAGCGCAUCGAGAGAGUCUACUUCGAGAUCAGCGAGUCGAGUCGGACGCAGUGGGAAAAGCCUCAGGUGAAAGAGUCGAAGCGGCAGUUUAUCUUCGACGUGGUCAACGAAGGCGGGGAGAGCGAGAAGAUGGAGCUGUUUGUCAACUUCUGCGAGGACACCAUCUUUGAGAUGCAGCUGGCUUCUCAAAUAUCAGAGCCGGACCCGGUUGAGCGUCCGGAGGAAGACGAGGACGACAACCAGAGCGUGGCGGAGAACCCGGAGGAGGAAGAGGAGGAGAGCGUGAUGAUGGAGUCUUCCUCCGCAUUUACCAUCGCCUGCAUCUCCAUGAGAAAAAGCCUUUGUCACUUCCGCCAGCUGCUCACUCUGAAGAGCAUGAGGCGGCAGUACAGAAAAUUCAGGAAGAUGAGUGUGAGGGAGAUGGUGCGAGGCUUCUUCUCCUUCUUCUGGAUGAUCAUCACGGGCCUUUUUCACUUUGUCUACAGCCUAGUUUGGGGUUUCUUCCAUAUUUUAUGGACAACUAUGUUCGGCGGUGGCCUCGUUGAAGGGGCUAAGAAUAUGAAGGUGACGGAUAUUUUGGGAAACAUGCCUGACCCCACUCAGUUUGGGAUCCACGGAGAUGUGUUGGAAACGGAGAAGAUGGAGGCGAAUGAAGCAUCGGCGCUGGCAGAGAUGGGUCAGAUGGCUCAGGGGGAAGCGGCCGAGGCAGACCUGAUGGCUGAGUUACUGAACAUACAGCCCAAGAAGGAGGGCAAGCAUGGAGCCGAACCCGGUCUGGGGGAUGUCUCUGAGGUGGUGGUGGGAGAUGCUCCAUCAAUAGCAAGUGCUGUCAAGCAGAAAAAGGCGCAGUUGGCUGCAAAAAAGAGAGCGACUAAUGGAGACUUUAAAUCCGAUGCAGAGAAAGAAGAUUCAGAAGAUGGCGAGAAGAAGGAUCACGACAAGUCCAAAGACGAAGCCCCUCCAGAGCCCUCGGUGGAGGAGAAGAAAGCGCCGAAGAAGAGGCUCGGCCCGAGGAAGGAACCGCCGGAGGCCUUCAUGGCCAGCUUUUUUGCUGGCUUAGAAAUCUACCAGACUAAGAUGCUGAACUACCUGGCCAGAAAUUUCUACAACCUCCGCUUCUUGGCGCUUUUUGUCGCCUUUGCUAUCAACUUCAUCCUUCUCUUCUACAAAGUUACUGGUGAUUACUCGGACGAUGAAGACCCCUGGAACGGUCGAGGAAGAGUCGGGGAGGAGGAAGAUGAAGGAGCUCUUGAGUACUUCGUCCUGCAGGAGAGCACAGGUUACAUGGCACCAACGCUUCGCUGUCUGGCAAUAUUACACACCAUCAUAUCGUUCCUGUGUGUAGUGGGAUACUACUACCUGAAGGUGCCUCUGGUGGUGUUCAAACGGGAGAAGGAGAUAGCGAGGAAGUUGGAGUUUGCCGGCCUCUACAUCACCGAGCAGCCGUCUGAUGACGACAUUAAAGGACAGUGGGACAGGCUGGUCAUCAACACUCCUUCCUUCCCCAACAACUACUGGGAUAAAUUUGUCAAACGUAAAGUGAUUAAAAAGUACGGAGACCUGUACGGAGCGGAGAGGAUAGCAGAGCUGCUGGGGUUGGACAAGAGUGCCCUGGAUUUCAACCCUACAGAGGAAACUGUUGCCAAGGAGGCUUCGCUGGUGUCAUGGUUGAGCUCGAUCGAUACAAAGUACCACGUCUGGAAGAUGGGGGUGGUGUUUACAGACAACUCGUUCCUGUAUCUCGUCUGGUACACCACCAUGUCCAUCCUGGGUCACUACAACAACUUCUUCUUUGCCGCCCAUCUGCUGGACAUCGCCAUGGGCUUCAAGACCCUCCGGACCAUCCUCUCCUCCGUCACGCACAACGGCAAACAGCUGGUGUUGACAGUGGGCCUGCUGGCAGUGGUGGUCUAUCUCUACACUGUGGUGGCCUUCAACUUCUUCAGGAAGUUCUACAACAAGAGCGAGGACGAAGACGAGCCGGACAUGAAGUGCGACGACAUGAUGACGUGCUACCUGUUCCACAUGUACGUCGGGGUGAGAGCAGGAGGAGGCAUCGGGGACGAGAUCGAGGACCCGGCCGGUGACCCCUAUGAGCUCUACCGCAUCCUUUUCGACAUCACCUUCUUCUUCUUCGUUAUCGUCAUCCUCCUGGCCAUCAUCCAGGGUUUGAUCAUUGAUGCCUUCGGGGAGCUGAGAGACCAGCAGGAACAAGUCAAAGAGGACAUGGAGACCAAAUGUUUUAUUUGUGGCAUCGGUAACGAUUACUUCGACACGACACCUCACGGAUUUGAGACCCACACCUUACAAGAGCACAACUUGGCCAACUACUUGUUUUUCCUGAUGUACCUUAUCAACAAGGACGAGACAGAGCACACCGGCCAGGAGUCGUACGUGUGGAAGAUGUAUCAGGAGCGCUGCUGGGAUUUCUUCCCGGCAGGAGACUGCUUCCGCAAACAAUACGAAGAUCAGCUUGGAUAGAGCAGAUGCAUCCUCCUUACCUCUAUCUGUCCACAUGAAGGGAACUCCUGGAGCAUGUAGUCCUACCUACAGUACAGCUGCUGGACGACAACACACACAAACACAGAGUCAUCCCUGCAUCGCCGGGGACUCAUCUGAGGAGAAACAAAGAGAGAAAAAAAAACUUUUUUUUACUCUAAAAAGGAGAAAUGUCUCCCGCCCCUGUCAGACGUACCCUUGUCACCGUCGGUACAGUACAGAGUCUAUGAGGAAAUGACCUGGAACUUGCCCAGACAUUUUGGUUUUCUUUCAGUUUUUAGGACUCGUUUUUUUUUUUUGACAGCGUGUUGCCUUUUACUCCACAUGACCCCGAAUCAUUGCACAAAUUUUUUUCUUUCCUUUUUUUUUUUGAGAAAUACUGGGUUGUGUGGGGUUAUGGGACAAUGUGUCAGUUAUAUUAUGCACAAUGUAUGAAUGUUGAACUUGAGACUUAAUGCCAAAAGAAAAAAGCAGAGGAGUAUAGUAGAUAUACAUAGUGCGCAAAAAUGUGAUUUACGAAAAAGUUUUUUCCAGAUGUUGUUAACAUUGCAUAUUGAGAAGAAGUUUGUAGAAUGAAGUGGCAAAAAAAAGGUUUAUUAUGUAGGAUUUAAGAAAAAAAAAUGCCUAAAUUUCUUCAUGAAGUGCCUUACAGUACUGUAUCUACAUUACAAUGAAGCUAUGCAAACACUUUUGUUUUUUUCUUUAUUGUAUGUAAGUACAGUAGUUUUCCUGGAGCAGUACCAAGUCGCUGUCCGGACGCGUAGUUUGUGGCGGAACGUUUUCCUUCGAACGUGGAAGAACAGCAUCGGUAUGAUUUGUUUUGUUGCUGAAUGCAGCCUAACUGCAAAUGUUCAAGAUACACAGUGUAUAAAUGACACAAGAGAAUUUACUGACACCUUCGAACAAGAACAAAAAAUAAAUAAAUUGCUAUUGUAUGGCCAUUUGUAUGUAAUAGCUUUGCUGAUCUGUGCAUUUCUUUUGAUGG